UAACACAUAAAAAAGGAAUGCUUAAAUCUCAGAUUUCUGAUUUAGGAGAUAUUAUAACUUUUGGAGUAGUUUUAAGACAAAACUCUAAAAGUCAUGCAGCAUUAUGUAUCAAAUAUCAUACUGGUAACUUUAAAGAAAUAACUAAAGAGGAGUAA